UUGUAUAUAAAAAUUUGUAAAUAAGUGUUAAAUUUAAAAUGUUAUUUAAAAUGAAAUAACGAAAAAUUUUUGGGAGCAGGAUUUAUAUAUUUUUUAAACAGAAAUAGAAUAAAGAGUUUAUUUUAAUGUGUCACUUUUACUUUUAUGCGGCCGCCUUUAUUCUUUGGGCUGGCUUUAAUAAUUGCAAGAUUCUGACAAUCGAUAAAACGAAUAUCAAUGUGAAUUCACAGAUUUCCGAUUAUCUUCCACUAAGCGGUUUAUUUGCUCAAUCAAACAAGUAUCAAUGCAAAAUUAAAGGAGAUAUUGAAGCAUGUAAGAAAGAAGAACUUAUUAAUUUAAGCAGUAAAGAAAAAAAAAACAAAGUUUUUGGACCAAGGUUUCAAAAAGUGCAUCUGGCAUUAGCCAGGAGAGAACUAAAAGAGGUUGGUUAUUCAGAAGAAAUAAACUUUAAUGGCAAGAAGAUGACAAUGAAAAUUUUAAGUUUAAAACCGUUUCUUUUUGAGGUUUCGAAUUUUCUUGAAAAAAAUGAAACAGAACUUAUUAUCGAUCUUGCUGUAGAAAAGGGACUUAAAACACAAGAUCCUCGUCCAGCAUUUGUUAAUUUACCAGACAAAAUAACUCAAUCUAUCUUUGAUAGAUGGGAUAGUGAUUUUAAUGGACAUUUAUCAUUGGAAGAGGUAUACUCUAUUCCAGAAUUGAAUUCACUUUACUUAUCAUAUGAAGAUAUCAUUGAAUGCAUAAAAGAUUCUGGAUUGGAUAAAGAUAAAGAUGAUUAUAUCAGCUAUGGAGAAUUGGCAAAUGGCGGUUUAAAGAAGUUGAAGAAUAAAAUUUUUCAAUGGGAAUCCGAAAAGCAGCAUCGUCGAAUAAACAACACUCGACAAACCUGGUUAUGGCAUGAUGAAGAUGAGCUAUUGGCAUAUGAGAAUUUGUUUGAAGAUUUCCACGAAAGAAUUUCGCAUUUAACUGGAAUUCCAACUGAAUUAAUUUCAGAAAGUGAACCAUUACAGGUGACAACAAACGAGAUCGGCUCUUUUUCGCAUUGUCAGUAUGAUUCUUCAAACAACCUUGAUAAUCAGCCGUGUUGUGUUUACGGGAAAAAAAACUGUCGUAUGUGCAGAUAUUUGACAAUGAGAAUAUUUUUAAAGGAUGCCGAAUCCGGUGGAGAAAUUGUAUUUCCGUUGGCAGACAACCAUACUUUUUCUUGGAACGAUCUCAAACAAGACACAAUCAAGAAAUGCGAGAAAGUUCCUUCUAGUAGUCAAAAUAACUUGGUAAUAAAACCAAAACCAGGAAGCGCAAUUUUCUAUUACAAUCAUGAAAUCUCUCCAUACACUGGUUGGCUUGGGGAAAUGGAGCCUAAAGUGUUAAGUGGAAUAACUCUUGUAAGUAAAGGCGAGUUAUGGUCAGCAAAAAUGUGGAUAAAUAUUAUAGGAGAUGGUGUCAAUGAACUAAGAGGGUGGAGAAGCGGCUCAAAUUUUUUAUCAACUCAAAAUUUAAAUCACGCUCUUAUUGAAAAAAUGAGAAACGAUUAUUUCCGAGAAGGGGAGCGUUAUUUACAUUAUUACAAAACUUCUUAUAAAAGAACAGAAAACGAGAAAAACGAUGAAAAAAAUGAUAUUUCUUUUUUUGAUUCUUCAUCACUACCAUUACAAUCUAAAUUAAUUAAAAAUAAAAAUCAUACAACAAAUGAAAAGGUCUUAAGUAUCCAAGAAAAGAUUGGAAUAAUGAAAAAGUAUGCAGAAGAAGGAGAAGGAAGAAAGCUCGUAGAAAGUGUUAAAAUCAGCGGCAACAUAAGUAUUACUAACUUUAACACUACGGAAAUUAACAAAAACGAAAGUUUGCAUAACAAAAGUUCAUUAAAUGAUGAAGUUGAUAAAAGAAAAGAACCUAUAAGACCUGACCCAUUGCCUACAUUUGAUAAGUUUAGCAUAUUAAACAGUAAAAAGGAAAAUGAGUUACCUUUUGGACCACCAAAGCGAACAAUUAAUCCAGAUCCUCAUUUUAGCGGGAAGGUUAUUGAAAAUCGUUUAGUAAAAGCAUCAUUAAUUUUAAUUGAAGAACUGGAAAGAGAUGAAUUAGAAAUUAUAGCUCGAAAUAUUCACGACAAGUUACAACUGGCAUGCAUUCCAUUAAUUGUUAAUCCAAUCGGUAAUUAGAUAGUCGAAAAAUGAUUUUGGCUCAGUUAUAAAUACUCAACAUUUUUAUUUUGUAAAUUGAUUUUUUUUUACUAAAAAUUUUAACGAUUUA